AUGGAAUCGUCACUAGAAAACGUUACGUCAUCGAUUAGUAACGUUACUACUGUUAACGUCACCCUGUCGGACAAGGAGCUGUUGGACUUGAGGCUUGGUGACCGACAUAUGUCGACGGUUGCUCUGGUUGUCCUGAACGUCAUCUAUAUUGCAAUAUUCGUCAGUGGUAUGCUGGGCAAUAUAUGUACUUGCGUAGUGAUUGCAAGGAACAGGUCCAUGCACACAGCUACGAAUUACUAUCUCUUCAGUCUGGCCAUUGCUGACUUACUCACACUUCUUCUUGCACUACCGCCAGAGCUUUACACGUACUGGGAGGCAUAUCCGUGGAGACUGGGACAAGUGUUUUGUAUUAUUAAGUCCUAUAUACAGGAACUGACGUCAUACGCAUCGGUGCUGACCAUCGCUGCCUUCACGAUCGAAAGAUACCUCGCUAUUUGUCACCCAAUGACCUUGCAAGUCCUCAAUCAUCCCACCCGAGCCGUUAAACUGUUAAUAAUUCAAUGGAUCGUGGCUGUCAUUAGCGCAUUCCCUUACGCCCUUUACACAAGGACCUUUUAUUUCGUCUACCGAAACGAAUCCAGCGAGCCCAUUCCUGACUCGCUGAUUUGUAAUGUUCCCAACGAACAUAGAGAGACAAUGACAUACUUUUUCCAAAUAUCAACAUUUGUGUUCUUCGUGUAUCCAAUGUCUGUGAUUUUAAUUAUGUACAUUCUUAUUGGAAUGAAGCUACGUAAAUCAAACCCGGUUCCCCACGAUAGAAACAACGCUGUCGUGCAGGCUCGGAAAUCAGUAAUCAAGAUGCUUGUUGCUGUGGUAGUUGCAUUUUUCUUGUGCUGGGCCCCCUUUCACGCGCAGCGGCUCAUGACGUUAUAUAUCAAAUCAGACGAAUGGACCCCUUUCCUUAUGACAAUCCAGACACAUCUCUUCCUGAUAUCUGGUGUACUGUACUUUGUCAGUUCCUCCAUAAACCCUAUUCUGUACAACGCCAUGUCAAAGAAGUAUCGAAACGCCUUCAUUCGCACCAUCUUGCCAUGCAUGGCAACGUCUACAAACACGUACACCAGCACAAUAAACUCGAAUAGCCCUGCGUCCAAGUCAUCGCCAUAUUUCUACAACAAGCUGAGUACUAGACCAAUGAUGACAAAAACUUCCGCAGUGAACGAUUCAAGUCAUGAGGACAACAGUCCUGUGUAA